ACUUGGUACUACUUUAUUGAAUAAUAUUUGGCUCUGCAACAGCUUAUUUUACACAUCAGACUAAAACAAAUAAAAAAAUGCAAUACAAAAUGCAGUCAAUUUCUCUGAGAUAUACCUACUUCUAGAUUUAGGCAUUGUUUUUCAUGCUAGUGAUAGGCUUAUACGGAUGCAUGCAGAAGGGUUUGUGUUAUUCACAUAAAAAUACAGUGAUAUAUUGGCAGAAUCACACAUCAUUCUCAAGGACGUGUAUUUCCUUAAGUUGCUGAUACUUAGUUCAGUGACAAGUUCCUAAUUAUUUGGAAGUACAUGAUGCAUUAGUAUUUUCUAACCUACAAAAGAUACACAUUUAUCAAUUUAACAACCAAGAAGCAAUCAAUUAAGAAAUAUUACAGUUAUAUCUUUUUCUGCAUUUUGAUUUUCUGUAAAAAUCAGCACAGCUGCCACAUAAAUUGGUAACCUUUAUGCAGAAUUUAGAAUGUAUGAGGUUCUCCUUCCCUUCUACUCUGCCCUGGUGAGACCACUUCUGGAAUAUUGUGUCCAGUUCUGAGCCCCUCAGUUCAAGAAAGACAGAGAACUGCUGGAGAGAGUCCAGCGCAGGGCAACAAAGAUGAUUAAGGGAGUGGAGCAUCUCCCGUGUGAGGAAAGGCUGAGGGAGCUGGGGCUCUCUAGUUUGGAGGAGACUGAGGGGUGACCUCAUUAAUGUUUAUAAAUACAUAAACAGUGAGUGUCACGAGGACGGAGCCAGGCUCUUCUCGGUGACAACCAAUGGUAAGACAAGGGGUAAUGGGUGCAAACUGGAACACAAGAGGUUUCACUUAAAUUCGAGAAGAAACUUCUUCUCAGUGAGAGUGACAGAACACUGGAACAGGCUGCCCAGGGGGGUUGCAGAGUCUCCUUCUCUGGAGACAUUUAAAACCUGCCUGGACACUUUCCUGUGUAACCUCAUCUAGGUGUUCCUGCUCUGACGAGAGGAUUGGACUAUAUGAUCUUUUGAGAUUCCUUCCAAUCCCUAACAUUCUGUAUGUCUUCUUUGUUGGAGAUUAUAUUAAAAUGUCCUUCUUCUACCAGAAUCUUUGUCUGUCUUUAUUUUUCUUCUUACCUGUUAUAUGUAAGAACACUACUAAAUAUAUACUGAAUUAAUGUUUAUACAGCUUUGCUGAGGAGAGCAGGGCCACCAUCCUUUCUCCAACCAACCCAGCUAGCUGGAGAACCAGAGGUUCCAAAACUUUGCUGAGGGAAGCAGCUGUCUUUUUAGGUUUUCAUUAACAUCUCCAUUAUGGUGAAUUUAUUCAAAGCUACUGGUACUACUGUACUACUGGUACAACACCUCAUUCCUUUUGACAUUGAAGCAUGUCCAAUAACUUUUAGUAACUGACGAAGAGAAGGAUCUCUAUGGUAUCCUGGUAUGAUCUAUGUGACACUGCUACUACUUGGUGAUUACAUAUUCAGUGUUUUGUUCUCAGUUUGCCAGACAGCUAACUCACUAAGAGAAAAGAUUACAUGCUCUCCUGUUUCAAAAUUCUCUAGACUUUUUUUGCUAUGUUGUAAAACUGGUGUGAAACUCAAUCACUAUCAGCAAAGCAGAACAUGAUUUGCAAAAUGGUUUGAGAUUAAGAUUAUAAAAAACACAUAAGAUCUUGGGCAAAAGUGCAACCAAUAAUAGAAAAACAUAUAAAUAUAGAAAAGCCAUAUAAACAAAUACAAUGCCUUUCUUGCUUCUUUUGGAAUUUUCAUAAUAUUAUACGGUCAAAAAAGAUUGCUCAUUCAGUACAUAAUAAUCUUAAGAAGUAUAGCAUAUACUUUCUUAAAAAAAGCCUCUACUCUUCAAAGUUUGCCUCUUGGGUCCAGGUUGUGAAGGACCUCAGCAUGUCUUUGAUCCCAUCUCUUGCUCAAAACAGCAUCAUCUACUAGGUUUCUUCCUCUUUUUGUUUUCGUGAAAGCAUUUAUUGCUUCCAGAAAGUUUGGCUGGCCAUAAGUGAACAAAGCUAUGUGUGUUAAUAAUCUAUCUUCAAAUAAUUUCUAGAGUAAUUUGAAAUAACCCAAGCAUUUACCACAAUGAAAAAACAAUCAGUGACAUUUAUUUGUAAUGGUAUUGCUAAGAGCAGGGAUUCUCAUGCAUAUCUGACUGUUAUCUCUUCACCAUGAUAUCUAGUUGCUGGUUGGUUAAAUGUUUGUAUGGUAAAUUCAAUUUAUUUAUUAUCUCCAGCCAGAAUAAAUCCAAUUAUCUCAUUCGUGGAGAUUUCUUGGGAAAGUAGCUCUACAGUGAUGGGUAUCAUACAGAUAUUUCCAGGAUUAAAUUAUGCCAGACAUUGUGGAUCAUCUCAUCUCAUCUCAUCUCAUCUCAUCUCAUCUCAUCUCAUCUCAUCUCAUCUCAUCUCUUAUUUCAAGGCAUUUCCAAUCCUUUUAUAUAGUUUAUUGCAGGAGAAGACAGAUAUCUGCUGGUCUUCUACAGCAAUAUAGCAUAAAAGAAAACAAAAGCUGUGUAGAUGUGGCACUAAGGGACAUGGUUAAGUGGUGGAUUUGGCAGUGUUAGGUUAAUCGUUGGGCUCAAUGGUCUUAGAGGUCUUUUCCAACCUAAACAAUUCUAUGAUUCUAUAACAAAAUGUUAAGAUCUUGUAAAUGUUGCCUGUAUAAAAUAUCCAGCUGGAGAAUAUGGUUGCCAACAGGAUGAAAACCUGGGAAUGCCUAGUUAGAUAUAGCAUGCUUGGUAGCUCUAUAUAGAAUUUGUUUGUCUUUUCAAAGUCCAUUUUUAAUAACCACAACAGCCGAACUUCUGGUUUUAGAUUAUUUGAUAUUAAUCACAUUUAUUGUUGUUUAAAUCAAUGUUAAAUGAUCUUUUUCUAAUUUUUUUCUGUUUCGAUUCCUGCAAUGUUUGCUUUGAAAUCUCACCAAUACAGCAAACAAUGUAAACUAGAUAUUUGUAAUAAUUACUUUAUACACCUUGAUUUGACACCACCACAGUAAAAUUGAAGACUUCCAACUAAAACUUUGUUUUCCCUUUCUGUUGAAGUAAAUCUCAGAGGCCACACCUGAGAUUUUCUAAAGACUAUUUUCUGUUCAUUUUUCGAGGGUAGCUGAGGUAUAUCAUUUGACACAAACAGUGAACUAAACAAAUAUUUGUAUUUGUGAGACAACAGUGGGGUUACUCAAAUGCAUUUAUACUGAUAUACAAUGGAAAUGAAAAGGUCUACCUCAAAUACAAUAACUACAGAAUUUGAGGAUUUCCACCCUUUCUUGACCAAUGGAAUCUGAGAAAAACACUCUUGAAAUCUUGGAACUCCUUAUAAGCUUUCUCUGAAAAUGCUCCAUAUUUUCACCUAUGUGAGUGUAAAUCAGUAAGUCAAAAUGAUCAGUUUAAAUUUGGAGUGAGAAAAAAAUCAGAGUAGAAAAUUUCCAGAUGGCAGUGUCAUGCUUGAAGAAAUGCCAAAAGUUACUGCUAUUUAUAUUUAACAUGGUUCCAAAUAAUUUCCUUAUCUCUUCCCUGAAGUGCAGGGUUUAAAAGUCAUUCAAGGAGCAAGAUAAAUUCAAAAUAAUUCAGUAUUUCCAUGUACAAAUUGUUCAGCCUGAAAUGAAUAGCCUGGGGAAGAAUAUGUCCUUGGAUCUUUGUGUCCAGUUUGCCAUCUAGUUCUGUACAGGGACAUUUCCUCCAGAAAAUGUAGUCCAAAAAUCCACCCUUUACCAGAAGUUUGAGGAAGAUGGGAUCAGCCAAGGUAUCUUUCAAUCAUUUAAUUACUUAUUUAAGAAACAGCAUGUUUGUAUCUAUGUGAAUUAUACUCCUACUGAUCACAGUAGUAUUUUUUCUGCCUUUUGAAGUACAGAGUGAUGAAACCAUGUCAGUUAUUUUUGGCUUAUCUUUUAUUUAGCAUCCCUCCACGCUUAAGAAUUGUUAUGCACUGUAACAACAAUAGGUAAAGCAACUGGAGAACUCUGAAUCCUUUGACUUCAUCCAGGUAAUACAAGUAAAGUGAUUAAUUCUCUUGAUUGUAGACCAGGAUGUAAUUUUGGUAUCUGUCCUCUCUGGAAGGGCUCAGAUUUUCUCUGGGAAAAGCUGGAUCCUACUGUGUCAGCCACAUAUUGCAACAGUAUCAAGGGAAGAAGAUACAAUAACUGAAGGAAUAAUCAAGGAGGUCAUGUUCAGCUCUGGAUUCAAAACAUGUAUUAUGAGACUCCUAGCUCUGAGACUAAAUGCACUCUUGUGUUUAACAUUGGCAGGGAGCACUGGAAUAGCAGAACUUCUGAGUAACAGUUGAUUUCCAAGUUCAGCUACUCUCAAGAAGUGUUUGUUUUCAGCAUUUUUGAUUUCUAAUGUUUGUGAACUCAUGGGUUUUUUUGUUUGUUUGUUUUCUCAUUCAGAAGAUCAUUAGAAGAGCCACCCAAAUAGGAUACACUUCUAGUGCUGAAGUACUUUAAGUAGGAAUAUCUACAGUAUACCAGUAAACACACCUUGACAAUUUUAGUGACUCAAUUUGCAAAAUCCCUCAGAGAAUAAAGAUCCUAAAAGUAAACCUAACCAGACAUUUUUUUCUUUUGGCACAAUAAUUUAGAUGGACAAGUUUGGCAGCUGGAAUGCUUUGUUGAACUGAACAGACAGAAAGGGACACAGAAGAGGCUCAGUGCUGUUCAUUUAUAAUUUAAUUAAUAGGUUUAUAACCUUAAUUGUGAAACCUUCUUCAGCUGUGGGAAUUUGUCUCAGCCCAGCUACAUGCAUGGUUUUGUAUCCAUUCCAGAAAAUUAGUAGGCCAGCAUUCUCUUGGACUGGUAGACAUAGGUCCUGUAAGCUACAACAUGACAAACAUCAGGAUCUCUCGCCAGGCACAGCCCUGCUUAGUGUAACAGGCAGUUGUGCAACAUCCCAGGCUUGUCUACCUUUAACAUUUUGUGAGGUGCAGAAUGAGCUGUACCUUUUAAUUAUGGAAAUCAGAUGCAGGAGAGAAAUUCUUGCUAGAUACUCUGGAAGUAAUUGUUAUCCUUAGCACAGACAAAGAGAAGGCUUUCCACCAGUGAUAAGUGGGACAUCUCAGUUGCUUCAGAUCAGUUUGCUCCAUAGCAUUAUUGCAGUGCUCAGUAAUAUCAAUGUCACUAUAGCUUCUAUCUCCCAAAUGCUUCACUUAGCUGAAAAUAAAUGAAAGAGCACCAAGGCUCUGAGUCCUUGCAUGUUGCACUUCUCUUUUGAUACCUUUCUGUCCCCCAGUCACAGCAACAGAGUGGUCCCAGACAAGGUCCAAGAUGCUCUUCUGUGAGUUCUCCAUGAUACUUUUCACUUUUCAGAGUGACAAGUGGCCUGCUGCUGCCAGUCAGUCAUCCUCUUCUGGGUGGAGAUGGCUGGCCCUAGGCUAGGAGCACAGUUCAAACGGCAAGUACAGGGAUUUUCCAUUGUACGGAUAUGAAUGAAACCAUUUUUUCAGUCUGUUUCUCUGUUUUCUUUGUCUGUUUCUCUGUUCUCUUGUUUGCAGGUAGGUGAAAACCAAUUUGAAUACUAAGCAACGGAGGGACACCCGUAUCCAGAACAUUUUAAUUGGAAGGGAGUUUAAAAACAAAACUGCAGCCCUAGCUACAUGGCCUUCUUGCUUUGUGUAUUUUCUUUCAAAAGCAGUGUGGCAUAGAUGACACCAGCCAUAAAGCUCUUCCUACAGAAAAAUACGCAAGCCCAGCUCAUUUCCAGUGCAUGAUAAUCAUGAAGACUCCCAGGAGUGAACCUCUGAUACUUUUUUAGCUAACGAUUAACCCAAAGGCCUCCUUCUCCCUUAUGCAUUUGGAUUAAAAGAGCAAUGCAUACACUAAAAGCAGGAGGCCUGAGUGGUUCAUUCACCAACUCUAUGGACUAAAGGGUAUUAAAGUGUGCAGUCAUCUGACUGGCAGGCGAGGCAGUGAGGAGACUGAUCUUACUAAGGUUAGAAAAGAAAGAGAACUUCUGUCUCGUGAUCAGGCUGAACUGAGGAUGUUUAUGAGCUUCAUCAUGCUACUUUCACUGGUGCCAGCAAUGUUUGUAUGGUACAGACGGCAGCUGUUGACUUUUCCAUUUAGUAAGCUCCAUACUCUGUUCUGGGGAGUCUGCUGUAAUUAAAGAGUUUUUAGUGUUUUCUUGUACAGAAGUCUAGUGUUUAGAGUAAGUCUUUACUUAUCAAGACCUUAAGAGUCUAUUUGUGACUCUGUAUUUGUAUGACUCUGAGUAAGUAAUUCAGCCACAGUUUUACUUCAGCUUUCCAGCCUGGAAAACAAUACCAGUCUCCAGAGGGCUUGUGUCAGGCUUCAUGAAUUUGAUUGAGAUCUCUGGAUAAAAGCUUUUUGUUUUGUUUUUUGUUUGUUUGUUUUGUUUUGUGUUUGUUUGGUUUUGUUUUGUUUUAACAGGAGAAAAACAGUAUGAUUCACAUUCUUGUUAAGCCAUAAAUGCUCUUCCUUUAUUUCGGAUAGAGAAAAGAUGUGGAGAGGUAAAAUGUGCCUGUUAGUCUCAUGUUGUAUAGGCUUGAUACCUGUGUGUUUUGUUAAAAAAUUCUCCAGGGCAGAAGCAGGUAACAUGGGUGUGUGAUUUCUGGGUGUCCCAGGUAGCACACAUCUUGGGGCAGUAACCUAUUAAGUACUGAACAGGUACUGGCGGCAGCAGAGCGGCAGCAUGCCCCUCCUCACCCUACACAACCAGCAGAUUGGCUGGACUCCACUGCUGGUACUGGGGUAUCUCUUUUACCUCCUCCUGGGAGCUAUGGUCUUCCAGCUGCUGGAGGAGCAGGCAGAGACACACUUUCGGGACCAGUUCCAGCUGGAGAAGCUCAAGUUCCUACAGAACUACACGUGCCUGGAUAGGAAAGCCCUGGAGCAGUUUGUACAGGUCCUCAUGGAAGCAUGGGAAAAAGGAGUCAACCCAGAAGGAAACUCUACGAAUCCCGGUAACUGGGACUUCAGCAACUCCUUCUUUUUUGCAGGAACUGUUGUCACCACUAUAGGUUAUGGUAACCUGUCCCCCAGCACAGUGGCAGGACAGAUCUUCUGUGUGUUUUAUGCCUUAUUCGGAGUGCCCCUUAACCUGGCCUUCCUUAAUCAGCUGGGGAAAAGCCUCAAUGCUCACCUGAUCACCCUGGAAAGAUGGGUGCAAAAGCCAGGCCGUGUCCAGGUGGUUCAAACACUGGCAGUGGCCAUCUUCCUUACUGCCGGGACCUUGCUCUUUCUAGUGUUCCCACCAUUGGUCUUCAGUUACAUAGAAGGCUGGAGCUAUGGAGAAGGCUUUUAUUUCACCUUCAUCACCCUGAGCACCAUUGGAUUUGGGGACUAUGUCAUAGGCACAAACCCCAACAAGCACUAUAUCCCAGUCUACAGGAGCUUAACUGCAAUUUGGAUUGUUUUUGGAUUGGCCUGGCUGGCUCUGGUGUUCAACGUGGGAGCUGACUUGAUGGAAAAAUUCCUUCAGCUGAAGUGGCACCAGCCCGACUUAAGCUUGGCACAAGGAGCCACGACCAAAUCAGAAGAUGAACCUGAGCAGCCUAGAAUCCACAUCCCUAGUUGAGCAAGUGGAAUUCAAUUCUUAUCGUCACUCAUUUUCAAAAAGUCCAGAGUGAUUCCCUCCCAGUUCCAAUGAGAAGUCAUGUCACCAAGAAUCUUGAGUGGAAAAAGUCAGGUACAGCAAUCUUUCUUCAUCUCCAAUCAGAAAACAAACAAAACCACAGAGGAAUAUCAACAGUAAUGACCAUAUGCUUAAUGGCAUCCAACCAAUUAAGAUUCAUUUGCUGUUGUCUGAAAUCAGCAGCCUUCAUAUAAAAUUAUAACACUUCUUUAGUUCCUGAACUAAAAUGCUUCUUUCUUAAAUUGUGCAGAAAAUUAUGUCUGUGCAGUGGUGCCUGGACUGUCACAAUUUGUUUCAAAGAGAACUAACAGCUCAGAGCAGGUCCUUAUCCUUAUCGCAGUUCAUUUCACAGUCACUUGAAAGCAGCACUUUAAAUCUAAAUGCAAGCAGACUUCCUUAUUUUCAGCCAGAUCACCAAUAUUAGUAGUCUGACAUUUGCUUUGGGCCAGUUCAGUGAAGAACUCUCAUGCACUGUACAGAGCUGAUGCUCUCUGUAUAACACUAAAGAGGCCAAUGGUGAGCUUUUGUGCUAAAUCUGAUCCUCAGUGGUGCACAUAGAGUUACCCAUGAGAAAGAGGGAGUUUGAUUUUGUCACAGAUUUUGUAAGUCAGAAGUAGCAGCAGCCAUUUCCAAAGAAGCAGAAAAGUCAAAGGACAUGUAAGCACCUUAUAACAGGCUUGUAGCUGAGGUAUGUAACUGUAGUCACACUCUGUAUUAAAGUAAACUAUACAAGCUUGAUAAAACAAUUAUCCGUUCAUUGAGUACCAUACUAGAUUGUUUAAGAUCAUUAUUAACACAUUCCAUGAGUAUGAUUGUAAUUACAUACAUCCAGCUAUUUAUUCAGUGUGUUUAUAACUAAAACUAAACAUCAAUUAAUCCUUUUAAACUCAUUUGUUAGUGGAGCUUUUCAGUAAAGUGUGAGUGAAAUAUGACUGCCAUGUACAACUAGCCGCAAGCUAGCCUAUGGCUGAUGGGCUACAGUAACAUCACACUUUCAGCUGCCUUUCAGCAGCUGUUUUGAUAUUUCAUUUUGGGGAAGUGUCCAUAAAACACAUAGACAUGUGUAGGUCACAAAUCUCUUCCCACAUACUUUCUGAGGAGGGUCACAACAGAUGGCUAUUCUGACAUCUGUCUUGGUUCCUGUUUUCUUUGCUAGUUGGUAACUCCUGAAUAGUGAAAUGUGGCUGCUUAAACCUGAAAUGCUGGCAUACAAGAAUGCCAGCUGUGGUUUAUUCAACUCAUUUCAAAACUGCAUUUUUGAAUGCUUAUCCCAUCUGAGAUUUCCCUGCUACCUACCUCACAGAUUUUAUCUCCUCAGAUUUUGCACUGAUCUUCCUCUACGCCCUCAGCUAUUCUCGUAAAUUUGUGCAACGACUUUCUUUGUAGCUUCUUUCACUGAGAGCAGACAACUCUCUCCUGUCUGGCUUUUUGUAUCUUUUCAAAUCUCACGGGAAACUUUCAGUCUCAUUAUUCUCUAUUCCUGAGACAUAAUUUUGCAUAUGCACUUGUUAACAUCAUUACACCUGAGACAUAAUUUUUCAUAUGCACUUGUUAACAUCAUUACAAUCACUGAAGUCUGUACACACCUUGUGUCAACACUACAAGCUAUUUUAGGGCUGUUUGUGUGAAAGAAAAAACUAAAAUUCUACAGACUUUUAUAUCUGACCUAUUCCCUUCACCUUGCCUUUUUCUAUGCCUUACUUACUUUAUCUAGCCACAGCCAGCCACAAAACAUGCACUGGUCUAAAGGUAAUCCUAUAUAGUGUUUUAUAUCAUGCUGCAUGCCAUAAAAAAUUAUAAUGAGGUUUAUCAGGUAUAUGCAUCCACCACUUACUGGCAAAGUGUUUGUUAAAAUCAUUCUCACUUAACAUCUGACAGCAGGAAGUUUGGAUUGUUUUUACUACAGUCCAGAAAAUUGCCCCUGUACCUGAUACUGAUUUAGCAAAGUAGCAGCAAGGUGAGAUUAUCUUCUGAUUUUUUUGCUACUGCUGCAUUUAGUAAGGCUGCGAGCAGCUGCAACAGCUCUCAAGCUGCCUGCCAGAAGGCUCAAAAAGAUAUCUCAAAUCAAGCAUAUGGUCAUGUUGGAACAGGAAAGAGAAAGAUACUGAUGACCUGUCCUGUAUUACACAAGUGAUAGAAAUCUCUUGCUCACUUUGUCAAUUUUUCAAGAUCCUGAAAAGAUCCUGAAGGUCAUGCACAUCCAUAAUCAAAGUUACUGUGAGAUACACACUGGGAGCACUGGCCUAGUUCUUGAGUGUGGGUGGAUCGUGUUUUCUAGUACCCUUCCUUUAACAAAAAGGACUGCACAAAAGGGACUCUUCUGCUCUUUCAGUAACCCAUUUUACCAGUGGUGAGAUCCUGCACAGAACGGAGGUCACACAAUCUGCUAUGAGAUGCUCGGCUCAGAUGAAUGGAAAACAGCACUUCUGAAGGCUCUGAUUGUAGCUUUGUAACCUGUUCCAGAAGUGAUAGCCCAGGCAAUGCUUGUCUGUGGUGUGGAAAAGUAGUACAUUGUCCUGAGCAGCUACCAUUUGUAGUCUGGUGCAGGACAAGAAACGAACAUCCUUCCAGACCCUUUAAGCCUACUCAGCAAACCCUUACCCAUCCUCAGAUAUACUGGUACCUUCCAGACAACACAAAAAUAUCAUCUGCAAAUAUUUGAGCCUGUCACUUUCGAGAUAUAUAUAGAAGGCUGACACAUAAUUGACAUUUCUGAGCAUACUCAAGAAAAUCAGUCAUUAAAAUACUAUACAAUUCAGCGAAGUUUUAUUGUUAAUAUUGAUCUCUUCCUCUCCAAAUUCCAUCUAGAAUAGCACAUGCUGAGUUUUCACAGUCUUGCUUGUACUUGCAAAUCCUAUCACCUGUAACUUGUUUUACAUAAUACACCUUUAGUAUAAACAUUAAAUGCUAUAUCUUUAGUCUGUAAUGUUUGAACAUGGUUAUACUUAGUAGUGUGCUUUGUAUAAACUAUCUGAUUUUAAUGCAAUUAAAAUGUCAAAAUGUA